AUUGAAACAGACCCAAAUAAAUGUUACGGUUUAUUCUGUCAAGACGGUCAAACGGUGGCAUGGGAUGAUCAAUGUGCUUUCCAUACACCUUAUUGUGCCGGAAAGUCAGAAAAAGUUGCCGGUCAGUGUUGUCCUGUAUGUCACAAUCAGACAACAACACCACCACAAACGACAACAACACCGAGUAUCCCAGCAGACGGAUGUUUGGGAAAUGGAAAGGUAUUCACCGGUAAGAUGGUUAUAUUUUUCAUAUACCUAUGGCAUAAAAUUAUAGAAUUUCCCAUAUUUUAUGAUUAA